CAACCUACCUACAAACCAAAAUCCCUUCAAUGACUCUCGAAGCCAUCCACACGACACCUGGAGUCCUACAGUUUCAUUAACCCCCGGUGCCGUCUGCCAGCCUCCCAGAAGUGAAGGUGCUCCGCACCAGCGACGUCACAACCGUAGCACCGACCCCGACAGCACAGCGCCCACCCCACGAAGCAAGAUGCCCUCCUCCACAGACCAAACCAUCAACAUCCCGCAACUGCUCAUCGUGCUGCUCCUAGGCGGCCUCGCCAUCCGCUACUUCUUCUUCUCGUCGUCGCCGGGCUCGGACAUCGCAGCUGACCGCAGCAGUGCGGCUCGACGCCUGCGGGCGCGCGAGGCCGAUGUAGAACGCGUCCAGCAGAUGUUCCCGCAGAUACCGCGGCGCACCAUCAUGUGGGAUCUGCAGCGGAACGGGGGCAAUGUGGUAGCAACGACAGAGCGGAUCCUGAGCGGGCGGGGUCUGGAAGUGCCUCCGCAAACCUUCCAACCACCAGCAGCAGCGCCAGCCUCAACCUCUACUUCCGCUACCGCGACAGGCACCCAGCAACAGAAACCGCUACAACCGGACCUAAUCACGCGCUACAACCUACAAGACAAGCUUGCAGCAGAAGAGAGCUCACGAGUCAGAGAAUCCAGCGCGGAAGGCAGCACAGCGGGCGCGCGCCAGGCAUGGAGUCAGAAUAAGAAUGAGCGCCAAGCACUGCUGCAACGGCGGCGCGAAGAGAUGAUCCUAGCGGCGCGGAGGAAGAUGGAGGCGCGGGUCGCGGCCGAAGCAGCAGCAGCAGCCGCCGCGGCGGAGGCGCAAGAACAGACGGGCGGGGCGUGAGGUGGGGAAAUGAAUGGUAUUGGUGGUGGGAUGAGAUGAGAAAUAAUAAUACGUGCAGUGCAAGGCAGGAUCAUGAUUUGCAAGCGGAUUGUUUGGAUUCCUGGGAUUGGCCUGUUUAUAUGAAGAUGCUGCGAUACAAGAAGGCAUUGGAGGAUGUCCAUGGAUGAGUAUCCUUCGCAAGCGCAGCGAUUGGUUUGUCAUAUGUGAGAAAGCCUGUUUAUAACAAUAACCAGGCUCUUGUCUAGAAACCAUACCUUCCAGGCAGGCAUCUAUAUAUCUAUCUCUCUGGUGCUCAUACUCUCCCUUCCUCACCUCUCCUAUAGAUCUCAAACACUU